GCGAGACUCAAGAGUGAAGGGGGAGGGGAUCGGAGAGAGACACAGUAUCUUCGCCAUAUUGGGACCGAGGAAGAGAACUAGGACUGGGAAACCGGGCACCAGUUCUCUGCAGUGGGCACCAGCUGGGUGUUUGCCCAGAGGGUCUGUGACUGGUGGUCCUCACUUUUCCCUCCCCCCUCCUCCUCCAUCAUCCAUCUACAAUGGACCAGGAUUACGAGAGACGCCUCCUGCGGCAAAUCAACCUCCAGAAUGAAAACACCAUGCCAUGCGUGUCCGAGAUGAGGAGAACACUAACCCCAUCAAACUCUCCAAUGUCUUCCCCCAGUAAACAUGGGGAUAGAUUUAUUCCAUCAAGAGCUGGAGCCAACUGGAGUAUUAAUUUCCAUAGGAUAAAUGAAAAUGAAAAAUCUCCUAGUCAAAACCGUAAGGCGAAAGAUGCUACAUCAGACAGUGGGAAAGAUGGCUUGGCAUACUCUGCGCUACUUAAAAACGAACUGUUGGGGGCUGGGAUUGAGAAGGUGCAGGACCCCCAGACCGAGGAUCGACGCUUGCAACCUUCCACACCGGAGAAAAAGAGCCUGUUUACGUAUUCUCUAAGUUCAAAGAGAUCAAGCCCUGAUGAUGGUAAUGAGGUGUCUCCAUACUCUUUGUCACCAGUGAGUAACAAAAGCCAGAAGCUCUUACGAUCUCCACGAAAGCCAACUCGUAAGAUUUCAAAGAUCCCUUUUAAAGUCUUGGAUGCCCCUGAGUUGCAGGAUGACUUUUACCUGAACUUGGUGGACUGGUCAUCCCUCAACGUACUGAGUGUUGGCCUGGGUACCUGUGUAUAUUUAUGGAGUGCAUGCACAAGCCAGGUGACCAGACUCUGUGACCUUUCUGUGGAAGGUGAUUCUGUGACCUCAGUGGGCUGGUCUGAGCGGGGAAAUCUAGUGGCUGUGGGCACGCACAAAGGCUUUGUUCAGAUCUGGGAUGCAUCCGCUGGGAAGAAGCUGUCCACGCUCGAGGGACAUACUGCCCGUGUGGGGGCACUGGCAUGGAAUGCAGAUCAGCUCUCCUCUGGGAGCCGAGAUAGGAUGAUCUUGCAAAGAGACAUUCGAACGCCACCUGUCCAAUCUGAAAGGCGCUUACAAGGUCACAGGCAGGAGGUGUGUGGUCUUAAAUGGUCUACAGACCACCAGCUCCUGGCAUCUGGAGGCAAUGAUAACAAGCUUCUGGUUUGGAAUCACUCUAGUCUGAGCCCUGUGCAACAGUAUACAGAACAUCUAGCUGCAGUGAAGGCCAUUGCUUGGUCCCCUCAUCAGCAUGGUCUGCUUGCCUCUGGUGGGGGCACUGCCGACCGCUGCAUCCGCUUCUGGAAUACUCUCACUGGCCAACCCCUCCAGUGUAUAGACACUGGCUCCCAGGUCUGCAACUUAGCCUGGUCCAAACAUGCCAACGAGCUGGUAAGCACUCACGGUUACUCUCAGAACCAAAUCCUAGUGUGGAAGUAUCCAUCCCUCACACAGGUGGCAAAACUGACUGGACAUUCCUACAGAGUCCUUUACCUGGCCAUGUCCCCCGAUGGUGAAGCCAUUGUUACUGGAGCUGGAGAUGAAACUCUACGAUUCUGGAAUGUUUUUAGCAAAACUCGCUCUACGAAGGAGUCUGUCUCUGUUCUUAAUCUCUUCACUCGAAUCCGAUAAACCAACCUUGGUCUGAACCUCCCUGAAUUAUCCCCAUCAACGAUAAUCUGCCUUCAACCGAGACAAAGGCCUCCGGACCGUACAGGGAUUCUAACAAAAACUUUACUCAAUUGGGAGGCAUUCAGUGACAAUAUUUGCAUAUUAUAUUCUGGGGAAAAAAUUGGAUGAGAAUGGACCAUUCUCGAUUAGGUGCCAUGGGACAGAUAAUGGUGGAGCCCCCCCUCUUUGUUAUAUAGAUCUGUAUGUAAGUGUGUAUAUAAAUGCUGAUGUAUAUCUUAUCAUUUGGAAUUUAACUACAUGUGAUCCGUUGCAGCCCUCGCCACCAGUCAGAAGAGAAAAGGUAGCAUAUAACCGCAGUCACCCCACCGCCACCACCACCACGCGGACAUUUCAGUACCUGUUAUUAUUAUACAGGUUGCCAUUUGCAUGAGGAAGGGUUCCUGGUUUUAAAGGCUAUACCGUUCAGUGCGGGUUUCCGCCUGAUCACCCUACAUGUUACCUGUUUCUAAUAAAUUACAGUCCCCCAGGGAGGGCAAUGAGCGUUUUUGUUUGAGAGGGGGGCUUAUUUUAUGAAUGUUUUGAUGUCUAUGCUUACUACUGCUGGUGCAAUUUUUCAUUUUACAGAUGUUCUGUAUUUUUAAUGUUUAAUUUAAUGUCAAUUACCAGAUCAGUCUUUGUAAUGACUGGGUCUUGCUCCCUGUGUUACAUUUGUAUAUUUUACAGCCUUAGUGUGUUUUUUUUUGUAUGUGAAUGCAUGUGUGGAGGGGGAUGGGAAGCGAACCCAAAGGGGGUAAAAGAUAAUUUGUACAAGGAAAGCACUUAACCUUUAGUUACUGAAAUGUCCCCCUCUAAUUAUAAGGCAUUGUACCCACUGGAUGUGAAGGGGUUUAUUUGAUGAGAAUGUGCUCUAUGUUUCAACAUGGGUUCUUACUUUUAUCCCCAGGAGGGGGAGGGUUGCAGCCUCUUUUGUUUUUAAAGAACAAAAAAAAGCCA